CCAGACUUCAGGGACAAUGUGUCUCUGUGGGAUGAUAUGAUUGACCCUGAAGCUGGAUAAAUAACAGGCUAACCAGAUUGUUAGAAAUUAGGGACAAAUCCACUCUUCUCCUUUCAUGAAAAAAUGUUUCCCAAACCUCCCAAGACCUGGGUUUUGAUUCUGUGUGUAUUUAUAUUAGUAGCAUUGUCUUUGAACAGGGCAUACUUUUAGAGAAAAAUGAGUAUGUGUACCCAAUGUGUAACAAAAAAGAAACAGACAUCAGAACAUGGCAUGACACAGGCAUGUGCCCACUAAUGAGGACAACAGGUCUAAGUUGAGCAGAAUGAAGUAUAUGGUGCACGGAUCUCAAAACCUGAAUUCCCCAUAUGAGGACAGGGGCAUGCGACCUCUGACAUAUAUAGCAAUUGUUCAGCGACCUUUUUGCCCAGGCGGAAGAGUAUGAGGAUUCCCAGACCAAGACUCCUAAGUCCCGCUGUAAGGCUCCGGCUUCCUUGCCUCAUUCCCGGAAAGGAGCGGCUCCGCCAACCAACAACGAGGAGAGUGCCUCCAGCAGCGCCUCACAGCCGUGCCCCGCCGCGCCCCCACCCCCAGCGGAGCCGUCAUGUGGCAGGAGGCCCGCAAACAUGAGCGCAAGCUCCGUGGCAUGAUGGUAGAUUACAAACGCCGAGGAGAGCGCCGGCGAGAGUACUAUGAGAAGAUAAAAAAAGAUCCAGCACAGUUUCUGCAGGUUCAUGGCCGAGCCUACAAGAUCCACCUGGAUCCUGCUGUGGCACUGGCUGCAGAGAGCCCCAUCAACAUGAUGCCAUGGCAAGGAGAUGCUAACAACAUGAUUGACAGGUUUGAUGUCAGGGCUCACCUGGACUACAUCCCCACGUACACACCUCCACUGCUCAACACAUCCACCCCAGAGCAGGAGAUGGAGGAGAGGAAGUGCAAUUAUGAGCGCUACAGAGGCCUAGUGCAGAAUGACUUUGCCAACAUCUCAGAGGAGCAGUGUUUAUACCAGAUCUACCUGGACGAGCUCUACGGUGGCCUGCCGAAACCAAAUGAGGACGAGAAGAAAAAACUGGCUGAAAAAAAGGCCACCAUUGGUUACACCUAUGAAGACAGCACUGUGACAGAGCCCGACCCCCAGUCAGACAAAGAUGAAGACAAUUCAGAGAACAGUGAAUCCGAAGAGGAUGAGGGCAUCCCAGAUAUCGAUGUGGAGGUCGAUGUCGAUGAGCUGAACCAGGAACAGGUGUUGGACCUAAACAAAAUGGCAACUCCGUAUGGAAUGGGUGAAGGAGACUUUGUUAGGAUGUUGAGGAAAGACAAGGAGGAAGUGGAGGCCAUCAAACAUGCCAAGGCCCUGGAGGCAGAGAAGGCCAUGUACUCUGGCCGGCGUUCUCGCAGACAAAGGAGAGAGUUCAGAGAGAAGAGACUAAAAGGUAGACAGAUCAGCCCCCCAAGCUAUGCCAGGAGAGACAGCCCAACGUACGAUCCCUAUAAACGGCCUGAGUCGGAGUCGAGCUCUGAGUCUCGGUCACGCUCUCGUUCUCCCGGCCCAGAGAAGAUCACCUUCAUCACCAGCUUCGGAGGCAGCGAUGAUGAAGCUGCAGCGGCAACACAAACACCCGCUCCUCACUCUGGCAACGCCCCCUCCAACUUGCAGCACCCUGCAGGUCAUAGCAGGGGCUCCCGGAGACGAAGGUCAUCCUCCAGUCGCUCCCCUUCCUCAUCCUCGCAUUCCUCAUCUCGGUCCUCCUCUCGCUCUUCUUCCCGUUCACGUCGCACCCGGCGUGGACGCGGGGAAAGGGAUGGGCGGCGAUCGCGGUCGAGAAGGCGUUCCAGGUCUUACUCUCGGGGUAGAGGGGGGAACGGGCGGGCUGGAUCCUGGAGGAGACGUGACCGGACGCGAUCGCGGUCCAACGACCGAGACAGGGAGCGAGACCGAGACAGGGAGCGGGACAGGAGACGGUACUCGGCACGCAAACGAACGAGGUCCCGUUCCAGCUCACGGCACGGGGGCAGUUCGAGACGAGGGGCUCGGAGCAGUGGAGGCCACCGGCGGGGGGACAGCGACAGUCACAGUCCCUCUCAGUCCCCCAGUCGCGGUAAUCACAGUCCCUCCCCUGCUCACAGAGGAGCCCAGCCCUCUACCACCACCGUCGCUGACAAGCUAAGAAAGCCUGAUACUCCGGGUGGUAAAGAGACGGGAGCUGCCAAACCCAAGAUGACCCCACAGGAGCGUCUGAAGCUACGAAUGCAGAAGGCGCUUAACAAGCAGUCCAAGGCAGAUAAAAAAGCCGCUCAGGUGAAGAUCCAGCAGCAGGAAAACAAAAGACAGGAGCGAGAAGGAGAACUACGAGCCAUGGCACGCAAGAUACGCAUGAAGGAGCGUGAGAGACGUGAGAAAGAGAGGGAUGAAUGGGAAAGACAGUACGGCCGACAGAGCCACUCGCCUUCUCCUUCCAAAUAUGGCCGAGAACACAACUACAGAAGGAGGUCUCGGUCUCGAUCUCGAUCACGGAGUCCACACUACCGGUACUGAGUUGUGGAAAACAUCUUACAGAACCGUCAGCACAGGACUUUGUCAUUGGCACACAUACUGUCCAACAUGCAGGCUAUUACAUGGGAAUUUGAAGAGAUGGACUGACUAUCCUCUGGCUCCCAAAUCUAUACCUGAACACCAUGUUUUCUGGUACUCUGUGUCUACAAAAUAUACUAUUUUGACUGUGACACCUUAGUUUCAGUAAUUACGCAACCUAUUGGUUCAUGUUUGAUCUGUCUUUUCCUUUCUGUUUCAUCUUGUAAAGAGAAUGCAGGUUUAUUAAAUGAGUUACUGGUUUCUUCUGCAUGCUCCUUUUAUUUCUGGCUGAACAGUUCUUCUCAAUGUGGACUUGUCCGGAGAUGUCAGUUUGCAUUUCAAAAUACACAAUACUAAGCAAUAUCUCAUCUUUUACCUUACAUCUUCCUCGUGUCCUUUUGCUCCCUAUCAGCCAUUUACUUUUCUCUAUCAAGAAACGCUUACACUCAAGACCAUCUUAAACUACUUUCAUGAGCUGAUGUACAGGAUGUUUAUACACAUCACUUAAAAAUGUCUUUAUCAAAGCAGAUGCAAAGUUAAUGAAUGAAUUAAAUAUAUUGACCACUCUCUUUUUUUAUACUGUCCUCUGCCAACCAGUUAACAGCAGCAAAUAACUUGUUUUUGUUCCCAGUAAUGUGGAAUGUGAAAUACAGAACAAGAAAUAAAACUGACUUUGAAAGUA